CUGUUCUCUACAUCUCAUCAUCACUUCCCCUAGCAACCAUCGCAACUGACCAGCGCUUCGGCAAGUCUACUGCUUGGGACGCUUGAAAAAGUUUUUUUUACAAAGUCCACGACCGUUGCGUCUCCGUACAAGUUUUUUACUUUCCGCGUUUUCUCCUAUCAUCCUUUCAAAAUGGCUGCGGCUGCGCCUCAGGUUCCUACCUUCAAGCUCGUCCUCGUCGGUGACGGUGGUACCGGAAAGACCACUUUCGUCAAGCGUCACUUGACUGGUGAGUUCGAGAAGAAGUAUAUUGCUACUCUCGGUGUCGAGGUCCACCCUCUUGGCUUCACCACGAACUUGGGCGAGCUUAAGUUCGAUGUCUGGGACACUGCGGGACAGGAGAAGUUCGGUGGUCUCCGUGACGGCUACUACAUCAACGGCCAGUGCGGUGUUAUCAUGUUCGAUGUCACCUCCCGUAUCACCUACAAGAACGUCCCCAACUGGCACCGCGACCUCGUCCGUGUCUGCGAGAACAUCCCCAUCGUUCUCUGCGGUAACAAGGUUGAUGUUAAGGAGCGUAAGGUGAAGGCCAAGACCAUCACCUUCCACCGGAAGAAGAACCUUCAGUACUACGACAUCUCCGCCAAGUCCAACUACAACUUCGAGAAGCCCUUCCUGUGGCUUGCUCGCAAGCUCGUCGGUAACCAGUCCUUGGAGUUUGUCGCUGCGCCCGCUCUUGCUCCCCCUGAGGUCAACGUCGACCAGCAGCUGCUCGCUCAGUACCAGAACGAGAUGAACGAGGCUGCUGAGAUGCCCCUGCCCGAUGAGGAUGAUGCGGACUUGUAGAUGUGUGCGACAUCUCUCUUCUCUGUUGGUGGAGCGAUUGGGGGAGCCAUAUGGUUUAGCUAUUCGCACCGCUGGACAUGCGGGAAAUACUCUGUUCCUCUCGGUUGCUUAGAGCGCAUUUCUUAGUAGUUCUUUUACGAUCAUCUUAUAUGCUCAGCACUUGGCGAAAGGGCUCAUCAUGACAGCUCAAGGUGGGCCUACUGCUGGAUGGGGGGGUGGAUUGCGACGAACUGGAAUGAAGAUAAAAAGAGAUAAAUUUAUCACGAGCUUUCUAUUUAGAAUUUUCCCCGCAUGAAUGUAUCUACUCUGCGUGAAAGUCGAGUUUUAUCCCGGAU